GGCUGCGCGGGGGGACGCGGCGGGGAGGGACGGACCAGGAAUUAUUUUUAUUUCUUUGUUUCCCGGGGUAAAAAAAAAAAAAAAAAUUAAAAAAAAAAAAAAAGCCCCGCGCGAGGGAACCCUCCGCGGGGGGCGGAUGGUGCUGUCGUGACUGGGGCGGGCCGGGGCAGCGCGGGGCCGGCCGGGCCGGGCUGGGCUGGGCCGGGCCGGAGGCGGCCGGGAGGAUGAAGCGGCGGAGCGCGGACUGCAGCAAGCUGCGGCGGCCGCUCAAGCGGAACCGCAUCACCGAGGGCAUCUACGGCAGUACUUUUCUGUACCUGAAGUUCCUGGUAGUGUGGGCCCUAGUACUGUUGGCAGAUUUUGUCCUCGAGUUCAGAUUUGAGUAUCUGUGGCCAUUCUGGCUCUUCAUCAGGAGUGUUUACGAUUCCUUCCGAUACCAGGGUUUGGCCUUUUCAGUAUUUUUUGUUUGUGUAGCAUUCACAUCAAAUAUAAUAUGUCUGCUCUUCAUACCAAUACAAUGGCUGUUUUUUGCUGCCAGCACGUAUGUUUGGGUACAGUAUGUCUGGCACACAGAGAGGGGUGUGUGCCUACCAACAGUAUCACUGUGGAUACUUUUUGUUUAUAUUGAAGCAGCCAUUAGAUUUAAAGAUUUAAAAAACUUCCAUGUAGACCUUUGUCGUCCAUUUGCAGCACACUGUAUUGGCUACCCUGUUGUGACUUUGGGCUUUGGCUUUAAAAGUUACGUCAGCUACAAAAUGCGUUUAAGAAAACAAAAAGAAGUGCAGAAAGAGAAUGAGUUCUACAUGCAACUUCUCCAACAAGCUCUGCCCCCAGAACAGCAGAUGCUACAAAGGCAAGAGCGGGAGGCAGAGGAAGCAGCCAAAGGAUUAUCUGAUAUGGAUUCCUCAAUACUUUUGCAGCACAAUGGAGGCAUUCCAGCCAAUAAAAAAAUAUCUGCAACGUUGCCAGAGCUAGAAUAUAGAGAAAAAGGGAAAGAAAAGGACAAGGAUGCUAAGAAACACAACCUUGGAAUAAAUAACAAUAUUUUGCAACCUGUAGACUCUAAAAUACAAGAAAUUGAAUAUAUGGAAAACCAUAUCAAUAGUAAAAGAUUAAAUAAUGAUCUUGUAGGAAGUACAGAAAACCUCUUAAAAGAGGACUCAUGCACUGCCUCGUCCAAAAAUUACAAAAAUGUCAGCGGAGUUGUGAACUCCUCACCUCGCAGUCACAGUGCAACUAACGGGAGCAUCCCUUCCUCAUCUACUAAAAAUGAGAAAAAACAGAAAUGUGCUAGCAAGAGCCCAAGCACACAUAAGGACUUAAUGGAAAAUUGUAUUCCUAAUAACCAGCUAAGCAAACCAGAUGCACUGGUAAGGUUGGAACAAGAUAUUAAAAAGUUAAAGGCUGACCUGCAAGCGAGCAGGCAGAUCGAGCAGGAGCUACGUAGUCAGAUCAGUUCUCUGACUAACACAGAGCGGGGAAUUCGGUCUGAAAUCGGACAGCUCCGGCAAGAAAAUGAACUGCUUCAGAACAAAUUACACAAUGCUGUACAAAUGAAACAAAAAGAUAAACAAAUGAUCAGCCAGUUGGAGAAGAAACUAAAGGCAGAGCAGGAAGCGCGAGCCUUUGUAGAAAAACAAUUAAUGGAAGAAAAGAAAAGAAAGAAGUUGGAAGAGGCAACUGCUGCACGUGCUGUUGCUUUUGCUGCUGCUACAAGAGGAGAAUGUACUGAAACUUUACGAAAUCGAAUCAGAGAGCUGGAGACAGAGUGCAAGAAGCUAACAAUUGACAUAAAGCUGAAAGAAGAUCAGAUACGAGAACUAGAAAUGAAAGUUCAGGAACUGCGGAAGUACAAGGAAAAUGAGAAGGAUACGGAGGUGUUAAUGUCAGCACUUUCAGCCAUGCAGGAUAAAACACAGCACUUAGAGAACAGCCUGAGUGCAGAGACAAGAAUCAAGCUGGAUCUGUUCUCUGCGUUAGGAGAUGCAAAACGGCAGCUUGAGAUUGCCCAAGGGCAAAUCAUUCAAAAAGAUCAGGAAAUCAAGGACCUAAAACAGAAGAUUGCAGAAGUUAUGGCAGUAAUGCCCAGCAUAACAUACACUGCAGCCACCAGCACUCUGAGUCCUGUUUCCCCACAUUACUCUUCCAAAUUUGUGGAGACCAGCCCUUCUGGACUUGAUCCCAAUGCCUCUGUUUAUCAGCCCUUGAAGAAAUGAAUGCCAAUUUUCUUUUUGCCCAGUAAUUUUGUCAUGCUGAAGGCAUCACACAGGAGUGUCUCUUGCAGUCAAGAUGAAAUUGUAUUGUGUGAGACUGUAUUCGUUGUCAUUUAAAACAGGAUAAAAGAACAUCUGGAUUGACUAGAACUGCCCAUCAGUUUUUCUUGUAAAUUUUUAGAAAACCUCACAGAACUUUGCAAUUUAUUUUCCUUGGCCAAUGCAUUAAAAACAAUUCUUGGUUUUCAAGUAGCCAAUUUUGCCUUUUUAUGUACUCUUGCAUGGUUUCCUCUUGAAAAAUACAGGGCUUUGCUUGAUUUUGAACCCUUUCUUUUUUUUUUUUUUUUUUUAAAUAAUCAAGUUGAAUUUGCAGAUUCAUUCAGAAAUAGUGAGGAAAAACAGUUUUUACAGUGAAAGGGUUAAAUAAUCUAACAAAGCUUUGAUUGAUAGAUGUAUUAAAUAAAAAUAUGUGAUGUUGCAGAAGAUAAUUUGAUUACCCCUCAAAGGACCAAACAAAUUUCAGGGGCGUUGUUUAAGGGAAAGAAUAAGAGAAUAGAUGAUGAUGUGACGGUGGUUGUUGUGUGAAAUAUUUAUAUUCCCAUUGAUGUUUUUAGUCAUUGAGAAUUGCUAACAGUCUUGUUCACAGUGCCUUGGGAAAAGACAUUUCAAGAGGAAACUUGAUAGUUUAAACUAUUUUUUCCCCCUUCACUGUCAUCUAGCUGAUAUAUCAAGCUCAUUACAGAGUCUACUGCAAAUUGUACAUGGUAAUUUGGAUGUUCAUUAUAAACCAAGGUUACAUCUUCUGUUUAUUUUGAUAUAAACUCAGCAGUGUUCUGUAACUUGCCUUGAUUAUACUGCAUCGUGGAAGGCACAAUAUUAAUACAGGAAGCGUUAUUGUGAAGGCGGAACUGUGCAAUGUACUGUAUACAAGAGACUGUAAAGCUGGCUAAUAAAAGCUGCAGUUCUGGGGUUUUUUAUUUUAUUCAACUGUGAUUUACACUUUAUAUCACCUUGUGUUUGACAAUUUAAACGGAGCUGAAUAUUUUUCAGCUGUUGUGCCAAGGACUUUUUAAGGAGUUUUAAAGGAAACUCAUAAAUUGCACAAAGGUUUAAGUUAAAAUGUAUGUUAUACAUUGAUAGAAAAGUGUUUGCACUGACAACUUCUGAAGUGUUUCAGAUUUUUUGAGGGUGGGGAUUGGAGGGGUGGGAAGCAAAAUUGUAUUGGAAACUAGCAGAAUUACAAACCCAACAUUGAGAUUUUGCAAACAUGCAGUGGACUCUGGAAGAACAAAGUUCUUCCUAAAAGAAAAUAAUUUUUUUUUUUAAAGUUUUCAUGUUAAUUGGCAUGUAUGCCUCAUUAAAAACAGAAAUGAAGUAGGACAUGCAAGUCAAUAGAAGUAUUAAAGUUUCAUCAUUUUAAUCACAGAUAUUCUUUUGGGAUAAAACUUCUAGCUUUAGCCAGGUGUGCAUGUUGCUGUCAUUUGCAUUUUUGAAUCAUCUUGUGUAAUUGUCACCAUAAAAGUGUUACUCAGAAAUGUCAUAGGUUUUCCAUCUUUGUGCAAAACAUGAAAUAUUGUCACUGACUUUUUGUGUUGAGGUUCCCCCAUUUUGCUGCCUACUUUGGCACAAUUUUCAUUCAAUACUUGGUCUUGGCUGCAUUCUUUUUUUUCUGUGGGGUUUACAAAGAAUAAACAUUUUCUUGCAGAUAAAAAAAA